AGCAGCUAGCUAAUGGUGGUGAUGCUAACAAUAGAACUACAGCGCCCAGAAGUCCGCACUAUAGAACUACAGCACCCAGAAGUCCGCGGGAAGCCGCGCAGCCGCAGUCCAUCCGGGCUGCUGUUGUUGUUUAACCGGGUCCAGGUUCUGCUGCUCCAUAAAGUUCAGGAAUCAGAACCAGCGGAGGAGCUUCCUGGAACCGGUUUAAGCCGCUCAUGGUUCUGCUGUCCCGGGUUCGGACCGUCUGAGACCGCCGGCCGGCAGGCGAACCCCCAGGCCCGGUGGGCCGCGUGAGAUGAGCCGCUGCUGGAGCUCCUGUUCGGGGUUAGCAGAGUGAGCGAUCCCCGCAGACAUGUGGCAGAACCUCGGCCUCACCCUGCUGGUCAUCAUGGCGACGCUGCUCUGCGUGCUGCUCUUCAUGCUGUUCGGUUGGUACGUCGUCUGGCAGCUCUUCUUGUCCAAGUUCAAGUUCCUGCGGGAGCUCGUCGGGGAUGCCGGCACGCCGCAGGCCGAAACUCAACCGUCCGAACCCAAGAGCGAACGCCCCGCCUCCAGCGCCCAGGCCGCCAGGAGCCGGACCUCACGCCAAAGAGUCUCCUUCCCUGAGAGCCCCUCGUAGAUCAUGGCCCCCCAACAGGAACCUUUUUACAGCUCCG